CGUACUUCACAUGGUGUUUUCUGUUUUGUUGAAAUUUUCUAUAAAACAAAGCUUAUAACUCAUUUUCUGUUCAGUUUGCUCUAAAAUUCCUACUCCCAGAAUGGAUUCUGACGAAAUCCCGUUGCCGGAGCUGGAAGGGGAAAGUGGUCCUCCGAAGAAACUCAGUCGUCGUUACAAAUCUAGUUCAUCUUCAGAAAUGGAGGUGGAGACUGGUGGGGGUGAUGCUAUGUGGAUUCCCGGGAGUGGUGAUUGCCCAUCAUGCCCAUUGAAUACUGGUGGUGUUGCCGGUGUGUUGGCCACUGGAGAACGGCACUCUGAACAGCAACCUGGGAGACCAGUUGUUGCCAAUACUGUUGCGGCAUCUGCUCAUGGCUCAACUGAUUAUGAUCAUAUUUGUAAAGGUGCGACCUUGCACCAUAUCACCGAAAGUCAAAUCGAGAAAGUGUAUGAAAAACACUUUGCGGCAGAUCUCUCCGAUGAUACAUGUGAAGAAAAUUCGCCAUCAGCAAGUUUGAAACACUUUGAAGUCCGCUCUGCUAACACCUGUGAAGGUUCAAAAGUCGACUGGUGCAGUUUAGUCAAUUCUAAGGGAGGAAAUAACAGUGGACAUGGAGUUGGGGAAUCUGAAUGGGUUUAUUCAGAGUCUGGGGGCAUCCUCGACGUCAAUAUGACCUCACAACCUGACAAGCCUUCACAACCUGAAACAGAAUUUGAAAAAAAUGAUCAUUUGGAUGGAAGUUGUCAAGUGACAAAUGUUUCCGAGCAUAAAGAUUCUUGUUCUGCACCAGGUUGUGUGAGGCCCAGCGCACUUGAUGAAACUUGUGCUGCACCUGAUAGUUUGGGGCCCAACACAGAUGUCAAUUUUUGUACUGCAGGUGAUGGUUUGGGGCUCGGCACACAUGACGAUUCUUGUGCUGCACGUGAUAGUUUGGGGCUUAGCACAUGUGACGAUUCUAGUCCUGCACGUGAUAAUUUUGGGCCCAGUACACGUGACGAUUCUUGUGCUACACGUGAGCAUGAAAGGCCCAGCACAUCGGCAAGUUAUGCUUCUGGCGGCUGUGACUGCUCAAGUGAGAUGGUUGCGACGUUAGUAUUGCAGCGGCAUCAUACUUCGGCCAUCUGUAACCUUUGCUCCAGAAAUUUAGACUAUCGACCAGAAGUAAGCAUAACAAGUCCAAGGGCAUGUAAAAUAAUUGAUCAAAAUGCCUCGCAUUCACAGGUAGCGGAAGAAAGUUUAGUCAGGGAGUCUAAAUCUUCAUGCGGUGCAUUUGAACAGACUGGUUUUGAUGGGGAUUCCCCUGGUGGCAGUGAAUCCGACCAAGCCUCGGCAUUACAAUUCAACGAACUCCCUGUGCCAAUCGUUUUAAAGAUAUUUGAGUAUCUGUCUCGUUUCGAACAACUGCGAAAGGUGGCGCUAGUGUGUAAAUUCUGGAACACUCUUACUCAAGAUCCUGAAUUAUGGCGUGUUAUCGAUUUACGAGGACAGUUCAAAUUAACCAACCAAAUUCUUGACCGAUUGACGUCGUACAGUGAUCAUGUGACCAGUAUUGACCUAUCAGAUUCAAAACUGAUUUCGUCCAGUGGCAUUGCAGCAUUAACAAAGCGAUGCCAUUCUCUACAAGUAUUGAAACUGAGUCGAUGUUAUUCACUGAGCGGGCCGGCCUUCCGCUCGAUCGGGGAGAACUGUCUGUCAUUGCGCAAGUUAUACUUCGACAUCUGUUACCCAUUGACAGACGCAGAUCUAAACUGUAUUGCUCAGGGAUGUUCGCGCCUGACAACUCUAAGCCUGAAUCAUUGUGACAGCAUCACAGACGAGGGGGUGAAGGCUGUAGCUCGCCAAUGUCCACAGCUUGAGGCCAUCAACUUGGAUCAUCUGGGCAAGCUCACUUAUCGUAGUCUGGAGGCUCUGAGCUGUAACUGUCCCAAACUGUCCACAGUCAGUUUGAUGAGUGCAGUCAUGAAUGAUGAAGGUAUAAUCCAUCUCACGCAGCUGCCAAAGCUGUCCAUUUUGGAUGUAUCCAACAUAACCGCUCUGACGAAGAAAUCCGUGACGAGAAUCGUGAUUCGCUGUAAGCAGUUGACCAAACUGAACAUUUGCCUGAUGCGAUGGGUCGAUGACGACAUGAUCGAAGUUAUAGCGAGAAAUGCCACCAACUUGAAGACCCUGCAUUGUGUCUCUUGCAAUAUCACUGACAAUGGUCUGAAAAUCCUCGCCGACAAUGCCAAACACCUCGAGGUACUGGACGUAAGUUGGUGCAAUGAUCUGACAGCAGAGGGCGUUCAGUACAUAGCAGAGCGGUGUCGAACGCUACGCUUCAUCAGUUUGAUUCGUUGCGAUCGUGUUACCAUGGAAACACUAACUGACUUUGUCGACCGCUACCCGCGUAUUCACUUCUCCAGUUUCUUUUUGGAUGCUCAGAGAUUACUCAAAAAAGCCAUGGAACAAGGUUAUGUGUAAACACUUGGAAGUGGUGUUGUAAAGGGUGGCACGAAAAAAAAAGGUAAUCCUGUCACCGAUUGGUGCAUCAUGACGAUUAUUGAUCAAGAGGUGCAGGGAACUGUUAAUCAUGAACGCUGUUCGUUCCCAUUUUUGGAUGUUUUUCUGCAGCGCCUUCUUAGAUAUAUAUUUCUAAUAGGUGCUGACCUUGCAAUAUUUAUUGACAUCCCUACCUUUACAAAUGUAAACUUUGGUGUUUUUUACUCCUGUUUUUAUUUGUCAAUUCAUAUCUACAUGGUGGCCUAGAAAACUUUUCCCCUGUACAAUAGAAUUCUAUUGUGUAUCCAUUGUGUGAGGGAAAAGUUUUCUGGGUCACCCUGUAGUAUACCUGACUAUAUUUGUGGACAGAGGACCUGGGCAGCUUGUAAUUUAUUCGAUAUUUGUGAACAAUUAUUUUGUCGUGUGAUCACUGAGGCCUAAUAUUGUCAGGAGGGACAUCCUCCUCACGAAAGUUGCCAAAAUUGCCUGCAAGCAAGAUUUUCCUGUUUUACAGUGUUUUGUUUGGGAAGGUACAUGUAGUUUUUGAACCAAAAAAUACCAGUGACUUUUGGGGAUUUUCAUGUGCUUUUUAAAAAAAAAAUGUGUUUGUAACAGUUGAUCCUCUUUAAAGGGGUCUGUAGGCAAGAGCUGGGGGGGGGGGGGGUCGAUGAUGUCAAGGUGAAUUAUGUGCACAUUUAGGGAACUGGGCCUGCUUUUAUGUCGUGAUCAAAAUUAAUCUCUACAAGGCAACUCAACUUACUUUGGUAUGAAAUGCGAAACAUUUGAAUGCAUUCAACUUUUCUUCUGUGGAGCUGCUGCAUUGAAAAGCUUAGGCCUGACAGAUCGCACAUCACCAGUGGUUUCCUUGUUGUUUUUGCAGCGACUGUGACAUUUUGUUCAUCGCGAGGGGGGACUCAUGAAAUAUUUUAAAACAUUUUGAAAACAGUGUUUUCCUUUUCAUUGUCAUUUUGUUCGUUGUGAGCAUGUGGCUUCAGAAAUGAGAUUGUAGACGAUACCCUGUUGUGUUAUGCUGUAAGGGUAUUGAAAAAGUAAGAUUGUUCCGAGGCAUUGAAAACCUUUACUCCAGAUUCCCUGCUUCAUUCUCUCCUUCGGUCUUAUGAGGGUAUAUUUGUUUGUUUAUGUGUGUAUUUGUUUUUUUAGAAUGAAUAAAAAAGUUUUUGUUA